UCACCUGUCUAAGUACAUGCAUUGAUACAUAUGCAUGUACACAAACAGUACUGAAACACACACACACACAAAUGGUGGUUGUGGUCCUCACACAUCCCUCUCUAGCUUUUCACCUUUUUUGUCCUCACAAAAUUCCCACCGCCCUAUAUAUCUAGCUUCCACCCCCGGCCACUUCUAUUGAUUAUUCAUGACUUCUUUCAUUUGAUCCAUGGAAGUUGGUGGUGGUGGUGGUAAUUAUAGAGGGGAAUUGAAACAGAAGGCCUUGAUAGACACGGUCAUGAAGAAGGAGGCCGCAGCAGUGGGUGAUGACGCGGAAAGCGACGAUGACUUAGCUUAUAAGGCCUCCGAGGAUGAUGAGAAGAAGAUAGGCGGCGGUGGCAGUGGAGGUGGUAGUGGUGGAAAUGGAAAGAAGAGUUCUAGUUGCAGUAGCGGAGGAGGGGGUUCGAUGAGGAUUUGCCAGGCAGAGAGGUGCACGGCGGACCUGAGUGAUGCUGCUAAGGUAAAGCAGUACCACAGGCGGCAUAAGGUUUGCGAGCACCACUCCAAGGCCCCGGUUGUGGUGGUUGCCGGAAUCCGCCAGAGGUUUUGCCAACAAUGUAGCAGAUUCCAUGAGCUAUCGGAAUUCGAUGAUACCAAAAGAAGCUGCCGCCGGCGGUUGGCCGGGCACAACGAACGCCGUAGGAAGAACAUGGCCGACCCGACCGGAGAAAGCUCGAGCCGGAGAGGGACGGCUGGCGGUACUCAACUGAUGGAAAUUGCGUGUGGUGGGCAGGUAGAUUUCAGGGGAAGGAUCCAGGUUUCCAUAGGCCAAGAAAAUGGCAAUGGCAGCUACAAGCAGCAUUUUCCAUAUCAGAUAAAAUAAAUUACUUUUUAAGGUCCCCCAAGUCAUGUUUCUGCCAUGAAAGCCCUGCAGAUUGCUCUCUCUCUUCUGUCACCCAAGUGCUGGGUUUUUCCUAGCGUUUGGUGGAGGUAACUGGUUACGAAAAACUUAUAAUGUGUUGUGAAUUAGAAUGAAACAAGAUUAAUUGUCAGAAAGCUAGCGACGUGUAUGGUCAAAGUCGGUGUGGCGUGGAUCAUACCAUUUUAGAUUUAUAUUUCAACUAGUACUUUUCUAUGUACUAGUACUUCCAUAGGUACGUUUUUUAGUGUUCGUGUAAUUAAUGUAAUUCUCUUUCGCGAUUUGCGAAGAAUUAUGUUAGAAUAAAUUAAGAGAAAAGUUGAUAAA